AGCUGCAAAUGCUGACUUGUCAGAGGUGGGGUUUAUAGGGCAAGAGGAAGCAUUUUGUUCUUGGCUAACCACCAAGUGAGUAGAAGUGAGACACAGAGUGCUGGAGUAAACUAUUCCUUAUUCGGGAUUCAAGAUUUGGCGUAGCGCACGUUUAAAAUAAGACUGGGAUUGAACGUUAACUCGCUGUUGUUACAUGCAUUGUAGCAACUGGCCGGUUGUGUGUUUCUGCCGAGCGUUCCGCCGUGAUACCAGGGGACUUUGCUCGGCUCAUCCAGACAGCGGCCGGUGGUGGUGGAGGCCGUAGGUUAUUUGGAGAGCGAUGCGCUGGUUAACGUUCAGUCUCACGGCGGUGCCCAGGUCGCUACCUGCUCUCCUCUCCGUCCAACCCUGGACUCUCACUCGCAGGCCGCCUUCAAAAAUGGCGUCACAGAGCCAUUGGUUAACCCCAGAAGAAAGAGAGCAACUUCUACCAGAACUAAAAGCCGCCGGAUGGGAAGAUGUUGAGGACAGAGAUGCACUAUUUAAAGAAUUUUCAUUUGUGAAUUUUAACCAGGCCUUUGGGUUCAUGACGCGUGUGGCUUUACAAGCAGAGAAAAUGAAUCAUCACCCAGAAUGGUUCAAUGUGUACCACAAGGUUCAGAUCACUCUCCUGACCCAUGACUGCGGUGGUCUCUCCAAAAAAGAUAUUAAGCUGGCAAAAUUCAUCGAACAAGCUGCUGCUUCUCCCAAUUAGUUGUUUUGUGCCUUUUUUUCUUCCAGGGGGGAAACAGCGAGGGGGGUUUGCAUAAAAUAUACCUUUAAAGGAAUUUAAGCUCACGGUGAAAUUGGGAAGAAUAAUGGAACGUGUAAUCCCAUUUUUAAAUUCCUUCAAAAAUGAAGGUCAUGACUGCUGUGAAUAGUAAUGCAGUGAAUAGUAAGUUGUUUGAAACUGUAU